AUGGUCACACGCUGGUUCAGCAAUCAGCCCAAACGAGAUAGACUCUCAUGGGCAUCGAUCCUGGUUGUCAUGGCACUCGGACUACAAUCCAUGCCUGAGGGGAGCCAGAACAUUCACGAAACCGCCACUGGAGAGACUUGGAUGAGCUAUUGCAUGAGGAAUGCACAAUCUACCUUGCCCGAACUCAUGGCCCGGGAUGAAGACCUCGUUGGCCUCCAGGUGAUGGUAUCCCUGGCACUCCUAUUCCAGGGCUCUGUUGAUUUGAGACCAUCGAGCGUUCUUCUUGGAAUGGCGAUCAGGCUCACGCACAGGAUGCAACUACACCAAAAAGACCCGGGCCGGCAUUUUUCUGACGGGGAGGCCCAACAGAGGUCCAAUGUGUUCUGGAUAACAUAUCUUCUGGACAAGGACAUAAGCCUCCGAAUGAAAACUCCCUCUCUCCUAUCAGAUGAUGAUAUCAACCUCCCACUUCCCGAUCAUGAGUCAUCAACAAAUGGAGGCUUCAUUCAUUCGCUUCAUGGAGAUGUUUCUCUCAAUAUGCUCUAUCAACGCGCUAGACUGGCUCAGAUCGAGAGCAAAAUCAACGCUCUCAUCUGCUCAAACCAUUAUUUGGAGUAUGAGACUAGUACGAGGCGGGAUCGCGUGGCAAGCUUGGGCGCGAUGCUGGAGCAGUGGUACUCCGAAAUCCCGGCUGCCUUCAAGCCUGCUAAUGCUCCCAGCUCUCUCAAGCCCGUAGAUCUGGCCCAGGUCAUGUAUCUCCACCACGUGUACUUGUUUUGCCUGAUCUGUAUACACGGGAUUUGGAGCGCCAAGUCUGAGUGGAUGUGCAAGAUUGGUUCAUUCAGCAAGGCAGCGAUCGAGGAUAUCAUGGUGACAAUCCAAGGCCCAAGAGUCACGACAUGUUUACAAUUGCAAGAGCCUCCCUCAAUCGCGGGAUGGAAUCAUUGUGUGUCUGCCACUCGGGAGGCCAUACAACUAUUUCUACAAGCACCCCUCGCAAGUUCUUCAGCAUGGCUAUGCACUUGUGCUCAAUUUUCAGGCAUGAUCAUUCUUCUAGCCGACAUAAUUAUUCACCCAUCUGCAACAACCAAGUCCCAAGAUUUGCGACUAGUCAAGGCUUCGAAGCAGAAAUAUGAUCAGUUUCUAGGUGGUGCUCCAUCUCACCUACAUGAGUCCUUGAAUCUGAUAAUAGACGACCUCCUUCAGCGUGCAGGCAGCUGCUGUGAUGAUGAUAACAUUGAGCACUCCAGCGGUAGAGACUCGGCCAAUGCAUUCUCUUUGGGCAUGGAAUCAUCGGAAACGCUGCUCAGUAACGGUUUACCUGAAUUCGGCUAUGAGGAUAUCCAGGCCAUGAAUUUUGGCUUUCCCGAUUUUAUGUCUUCUCGAAUAAACGAGGAAAAUAUGUUUUUGGGUCUUGACGGGUAA